UGGUUUUUUCUCACUUCUUCUUCUUCUUCUUCUUCUUCCUUUCUCAACACAACAACCCUUUUCUAAUCUCACUUCACAUCUCUUUUUCCCAUCUGCCUUUCCCCAAAUUCCCACUAAAAAUCCAAACUUUCCUCUCAUAUAUAUACAUACACAUAUACAUAUAUAUAUAUAACCAAGUUUGCAUGAAAGUUUGUUCUUUUAAGAUCCAAAAAUCCAAACCCAUAUCACACAUAUAUUUAUAUAUAUUAUACAUUGAAAGAUUGUUCUUAUAAGAUCUAAGAACAAUCCAAACCCAAUACCCAAAAAAAAGAUAGGAACUUUUCUCUCUUAUAUAUAUAUAUAUGAAGUUUGCAUGAAAGUUUGUUCUUUUAAGAUCCAAAAACCCAAACCCAAAACUCAAAAAGAUCGAAACUUUCUAUGGAUUUUGUAAUCCAUAACUCUGUUUCAUCAAUGACAAGCCCACAAAACUCACUACAUUCCUCUUCUUCUUCAGAUACAAGUUUUCCGAUCAUAGCAAUUGCCGUGAUCGGAAUCUUAGCCACAGCUUUCUUAUUAAUCAGUUACUAUAUUUUCGUUAUCAAAUGCUGUUUAACAUGGCAUCAAAUCGACAUCCUCAGACGUUUUUCUCUUUCAAGAGACAGAACCCACGAAGAAUUACUCAUGGUUUACUCACCAGGAAUCGAAACUCGUGGAUUAGACGAAUCUGUUAUCAGAUCAAUCCCUGUUUUUCACUUCAAAAAAACACAACUUUCCGGCGAAAAUGAAGAACAAGAAAAACAAAUCUCCGAUCAUUGCGCAGUUUGUUUAAGCGAAUUUAACGAUGAAGAGAAGCUAAGAAUCAUUCCUAAUUGUAAUCACAUCUUUCAUAUCGAUUGUAUCGAUGUUUGGCUUCAAAACAAUGCUAAUUGCCCACUUUGCCGGAGAAGUAUUUUGCCGGAAAAUCGUUUCGCCGGUAAAAAUCCAAUCUUUGCAGCUCCAACUUCUUCACCUGUAGAUCCCACCGGAAAUCUCGCCGGCGCCGGAGAAGAUGAAGAGGACUAUCUCGUCAUCGAAAUCUCCAACCCCAACAACAACAACAACAACAACAAUGUCAAUAAUCAUAAUUAUCAAAAUCGAAAUCGAAAUCGGAAAAAACAGAGUAUGGGAGAUGAGUGUAUAGUAAUGAGUAGAGAAAAAGAUCACCAUGAAGAAUUUUCAAUGAUUCAACCCAUUAGAAGAUCUUUCUCCAUGGAUUCCUCCGGUGAUCGGAAAAUGUUUCUGGCCAUUCAAGAAGCUCUUCAGUUACAAAGACAAAGAUUAGAGGUUAGUAGUAGUAAUAGUAAUAGUAAUAGUAAUAGUCCUAUUGUUGAAGGUAGAUCAAUUCGAAGGUCUUUUUUUUCUUUUGGUGGUCAUGCUAGUAGAGGAUCAUCUAGGAGUAGUAGUGUUGUACUACCUAUUUAUUUGGAAUAAUGAAGAAAAAAGAACAAAAAGAUUUUUGUUUCUUUCUUUAUUUAUUUUAUUUAGUUGUAGAGAGAUUUUUAUAGUUUUGUAUUAUUUGUAAUGUAAUUAUGAGUUGAUUCAAUUCAAAAUUUUAAAGAUAGCAUUUUUAUGUA